AUGAUGGCGCUUCGCCCACCCUUCGGAACAGCUCCGAAUUUGGAGGCCUUGGUGAAUCGAAUCGUCCGUGCAGAUGUGACCCUUCCGGAGCACCUGAGCAACGAUUUCCCAGAAGCAUCGCGCUGCACACGCGCCAUGCUGCGCCAGCAGCCCGACAGAAGACCAACUGCACACUCCUUGUUGAAUCGUCCGCGGCUUCAGCCGCCAACAUACGAAUUGCCAGGGAUGACAAUCGUAGAGUCUACGUCGACGCCAUCAACAUCGCCACCGACUUCAGCUCAGUCUCCGGCACAAAAGGCAUUCGAUCCGCCAGGGCGCACCGACAUCAACUCGCAGGCAGCCAAGCAGAAGCUUGUGGCGGCACAAGUAGCAGCUGCUGCCGCCAACGCUGCGGUAAAGGCGGCAGCCCUGUCACCCCGAACGAGGGGGCGGGCGAAACUUGCGAACCAAAUCCUGGAGUCGGAGUCGGACCAGACUGCCAUCAAAGUCCUGGAAGAGUGCACGGAUGACAGAGACAGGUACCCUCGCCCGCCGGGACAGAAGGGCAUCAUCACUGACGUUCCAUCACGUGUUCGCCGCCAGGGCUCUGGAAACUCCAGUCCGACACAUCCGACCUAUCCCGCUUCGCCAAGCGUGGCUGUGAGUGUGCUCGGCCAGGGCCGCCAGGGCCAGGGCCCGGGCCAGGGCCAGGGCGGCCAGGGCCGAUCCGCCAACCCGGAUGGCUGCAACGUCCGUUCAUGCUCUGGAGAAGUCCAACGACCACGCCCACACCAGCCCGUCGGACAGGCGCAGCCCCUGUCUGCAAGACAGAAGGCCGGAAUCUGCCUUCAUCUGCCCUCCUGCUCUCCUCAUGCGCCUUCUGACUGA